CUCGUGCGCGACGCAUGCCGCUUGACAUGCAUCAGCGGCGCGCUCCCCACACCAGAGAGGGCGCGCCCGUAGACGUUGCUUCUCAGGCUUCAAGAUGGCGGAAGCCCUGACAACUCAAGAGGAGGUGGCGGUGGAGGAGUUCCUGGCCGAGCUGAGGUGUCUGGAACAGUCUCAAAAUGCAGAUCUUGUCAGUCAGAUCACAGCGGUUAAGUUUCUUAUGGCACGAAAGUUUGAUGUCUCCAGAGCCAUAGACCUCUUCCAGGCUUACAAGAACACCAGAAUAAAGGAGGGCAUCUACAAUAUUAACCCAAAUGAGGAGCCUUUAAGGAGCGAGUUACUAAGUGGGAAGUUCACAGUUUUGCCGGGUCGUGAUGCUAAAGGUGCAGCUUUAGCGCUAUUUACAGCGCGCCUCCAUCGACCGGAACUCACUACCCAUAAGGCUGUUCUUCAGGCCAUUAUAUAUCAGCUGGACAAGGCCAUUGAGAGUGUUCAGACACAGAGAGAUGGGCUUAUUUUCAUCUAUGAUAUGACAAACUCUACAUAUGCCAACUUUGACUAUGAGCUUUGCGUCAAGAUUUUGAAUCUGCUUAAAGGGGCUUUCCCUGCUCGGUUGAAAUGUGUCUUCAUUGUGUCAUCUCCGCUGUGGUUCAGAGCACCUUUUGCAGUACUGCGUCUGUUUGUGAGGGAAAAACUGAGAGAGAGGGUGUGCACCGUAAAAGCACACGAACUGGUCAAUCACAUCCCUGUCAGCUCCCUUCCAGAACAUUUAGGUGGCUCGUCACAGUACAGUCACAUUGCCUGGAUCCAGUCCUGCGUCAACUCCAGCACCAACAACCCCAAUAACUCUUCCUAUGUCACUGCCGAUUGCUUGGGCAGCUUGCUUCGCUCUUACUCCAUGGAACACGGCCAGAACACCGAGCACCUAACUGCCAACACUUCAGCCCACACAGGCGCCACCCUCCUGGGGGACGGACUGAACUCCAACUGCCCCAUUUUGGAUGAUGGGAAUGCCAACGUGCAGAAUCACAGGACAGUGGGGCAUGAACAUUGGAACGGCUCUAUACUGCCAGGUUCAGGGGGUGUCACAGGGUCAAAUGCCAAUGUUGUAAAUGGGCGUGGUCGCCAGCCACCCCCACAGUCAGAAACGCCCCCAGAUACGCCCCUGCAUCAAAAACACACAGCUGGUGCUAUAGUAGGAGGAGGAGCAGCUACAAUUACAGAAGGAGUGGUGACAUCCCUGAACAUUAGUAGACAGGAUGGCAAUGGUGCUGAGGACAGCCAACAGGAUGUUGAGUUUCUAGAAGAUGAAGUGGAUGCUGAUGGUGUUCCACCUCUCCCACUGAAAUCAAGGCCGCCCCUCCAUCACAGCCCAGUGCCAGAUAUGAGCUGGUUGCCGGGAACAACAGAAACGGCAGUGUUGUCAGUGCACAUAGCUGAGCCAGGAGGAAUGAGCUUGCAGGAUCUAGUGCAGCAUGUAAAGCGCAAAAAGAAGAAAGGCAUUUACCAGGAAUAUGAGGAGAUUCGCAAAGAGCCUCCUGCUGGGACAUUUGACUACUCCAAGAAACCCUCCAACCAGAUAAAGAAUCGCUACAGUGAUGUCCUUUGCCUAGACCAGUCACGAGUUCGACUCUGUCCGCUUGAUGAUGAGGACGAUGAGACCUCUGACUACAUCAAUGCAAGUUUCAUGGAUGGUUACAAGAGAACUAAUGCUUACAUCGCUACUCAGGGGCCUUUGCCAAAAACAUUUGGGGACUUUUGGCGAAUGGUGUGGGAGCAAAUGGUUUUAAUCAUUGUUAUGACUACAAGAGUUGUAGAGCGAGGCCGAGUAAAAUGUGGACAAUACUGGCCUUUAGAAGUUGGCCGCACUGAAGAUUAUGGGUACUUUUUGGUGAGAAAUGUCCAUAUUGAGAUGUUUCAAGAUUUUAAGCUGUCACACCUGGAGCUCUUCAACACUCAGACAGGAGAAUGUCGAGAACUAUCUCAUUAUCUCUACGUAAGUUGGCCAGAUUUUGGUGUUCCAAAGUCCGCAUCAGCCAUGUUGGAUUUCCGGGCACACGUGAAGCAGAGACAAGAGACUGCGUUACAAAGACUGUAUCCUGAUUGGACGGGACCACCAGGUGGCCCCCCAGUUGUGGUACACUGCAGUGCAGGCAUUGGUAGAACAGGGACGUUCUGUACUUUAGACAUUUGUCUUUCCCGUCUGGAGGACAUUGGGACAGUGGACGUUAAGCAGACGGUGCGUAGGAUGCGGACGCAGCGUGCUUUCAGCAUCCAGACGUGGGACCAGUACUACUUCUGCUACAAAGCAGUGAUCGAGUACGCCCAACAGAGCGGCCUACUGCAGCCCGUGGAGUGGUCCGAUACAGAGCUGGAAACUGACAGCGAGUGAAUCGGAAAUAACAAAACUCAGGCGAGAGGGAGUGCGAAACACAAAAGGAAAAGAUGUCUUUUUUUCCUCUCUCCUGACCACAGGUAGACUCCAGCGCCUCCUCGAUCAUUCUUUUCUGGUGAGGAGAUAAAGAAGCGGGUUAUUUUUCCUGCCACUUUUCAAGCCAGAGAUUACAGACAGUGGCUUGGUGUACGAGUUGUAGCAUUUUUUUUGUUUGUUUGUUUGUUUGUUUUUAUAAAGACUGACUUGCACAUGUGGAAUGACAAACUUGAAAAAUCCAGUUAAUCGUAUUACCUGAUCUUUUUUGUUACCUGCUCAAAGUAUUAACUCAUCAUGGGUGUAAUUGACGCAAAACUUGAAAUUGUUUUUCCGUCACAUUUGAGAAGCAUAAUGUGUGUUUUUGAACAGGUUCCAACAGUUGGUUUUCAUUAUUUGCGUUCUUCAUCGUUAAACUAACCUUCAAGCCAAAGGUAUGGUGUCGAAUGCUUGGAUGUAUCCGUAAGAUCGUCGUGACUUAAACCCGUGUAUAUUAUGUAACAUACAUUUAUAUGUUGUGCAUAACAGCCUUUGAAAAGCCUUGUUUUAAUAUAAAUACUCAACUUUUUUCAAAUGUAUGUGUAUCUAUAUAUAAAAAUAUAUAUAUUAUAAAGAAUAUAUGUAUAAGUGUAUGUUGGGCUAGAACAAUAUGAGAAGAGGUGAAAAACUAUGCUAUAUAUAUAUAUAUAUAGUAUAUCUUGGUGACUGUUCUGGUCCUGCCGUUUUUAUUUGGAUCUGCUCUCUUUCCACGAUCUUCAACUAGCCUUAAUGCAGGGCUUCCGUUCACAAGGAAUCUGAGCAAACAAAAAACCCAGUGCUCUACUAAAGAGUGAUGUGAACUGAAGGUCUGUAUCAAUUUGGUUUGGAGUCUGCUGUAACUGUUAACAAUUUGAGAUUUUCUGUGAAUGCUGCCCAGUAACCUUCAGUCACUGCCUUGCUCCCUCUAAAGUAUGAACUUUGACUCAACUCGUUUCCUAUUUUUUUGUUUGUAAUUUCUUUCCACUACAAGCCUGCCCUAAGUUGAAGUAUCCCGACUGAAGUAAUUGUUUUUUUUAUUGGUUAAAGCCACAAUAUGUAAGAUUUUAGAUUAUAACCUCUAGAGGUCAUUAUUUUACAAUAACAAAGGUGAAGCUUAAUGACUUGAUAAAGGAUUGUGGAAUGAUGGAAGAUGUAUGGAAUUUGCUCAGCAUGUUCAUGGAUGAGGUAAUGAGUUGUAAUUGCAUAGUUUCUACAACCGAGAACUGAGGAUAAUAAGUAACUAAAAGUGUGACAAUUACAAGGGAAAAGCCAUUAUUUAAAAUGGGAAUUUACGCAUCCUUAAAGGAACAGUAUGUAGGAUUGUGGCCAAACCUGGUACUGCAAUCAAAAAACCUGUGGCUAAAACUGGUACUGCAGUCACACAACUGGUGGCCAAUACACACCAUGACAACAUAAACAUCAGUUGAGGGCUGCAACUCCACUUUUUAAAUGACAAUAUCCUGGCCGGACCACUGUUGUCAGUGAUAUAAGUAUUUGAAAUGAAAAUGAUUUCUUAAUGUCUAGUGACGUAUCAGAGCCAUUUUAUGAUUCAUUUAUAUACAUUUCUUACAUACUGUUCCUUUAAGUACACAACUCCAUGAAAUAUAUCACACUGUGCAAGUGGUUUAUUACAAAAUCUUACAUAUUGUGGCUUUAUUGUAACUUGGGGUCUGUGCAUUGUGUGGACUCUUGGGGUCUAAAAAGCCUCAGUUUUGUGCCUUCAAGCUUACUGUAGCUUAAUGUGUUGUUUCAGGAAAGGGGCAGAACAACUGGUCUAGCGUACAUAUAGGGAAUUCGUUUUUUUAUCUCAGGGUAUACUUGGUGUUUUCCUGGUCUCAAAACCUCUGCAUCUGCCUCUGGUAAAUAUCGUUUCCAAAAAACAAACAAAAGACAAAAAAAAGUAUACAAAGUUUAUUUUGACUUUUAUACAGCAUCCUGUAUUAUAUUCUGUUUUUAUUUAUGUCUUUGUAAAACUUCAGCAGUAUUGUAAUUUGAAUGUUGGUACGACAAAAAUGAACAGACAAACUAUUUUAAACUGAUAAGCUAAGGAAAUCAAACAACAAAACACAAAUGACUGAUCCGUUUUUUUUUUCACAUUUGUUUAUUGUGGAUUUAUGUUACUCAAUGUUGUGUUUUGGGAGAUAAAGUCUGUUAUUUUUCCAGAUGCUUGUAGCAGACCCUUUUGAAUACUCUGUGGACUGUUAAAUGGUAGAGAUUAAUCGCAGCAAAACGGAUGGCUGCCAAUAACCGUUUUUACAUAUAUUUGCCAAUCAACAGAAUGGGGAUGUACACAAAACCAAAAAAUGUAUAUUAACUCGAAUGUUAUGAUAAGAUUAAAUCAACUCAAGUCUUGGGAGACUUCGGAAUGCUUUCUCGUUUAAUAUCAAUGCUUGUAUGUUGACAAAUGGUCGUGAAUGUGUGAAAGUGUCCACUCACCUAAUGUUUACUUGUUGACUGACUUUAUCAAAUGCAGGAUAGAGCUCGAAACAUGACUGUUUUCGGAGCUGACUUCUGCUUGAAUGAGACUAAGUGGAAGACAAACUCUUCCGCUAUGAUUUAUUAAAGGCAGUCGGGAAUGCAAUGUGUUUUUACUUGUUUUACUUUCUUUUGGUGCCCAAAGUUCUUGUGAUUGAGUAAUGGCUUUUUUACCUGACAUCUGCAGUAGUGGCGUAGUAGUAAACAUGAAUAUUAUGAAUGAAACUGAGCAUGUCUUUGUGUGUUGAAUGCGUUGAUGUAUAUGAUAUCUGUGUGUUUUAAGAAAAAAAAGUUUCUUCAGAGUUUUGUACAAAUUGGAGUAUUUUUUUCUAAGUAGCUUUUUCCUCAAUAAAAUCUUCAUUUUUUUCCCUCGUGCUAGUUAGAAACCAUGGGAGUGAUGUAAAUGCACAGCAAUAAAACCUUAAUAUUUACAGUAUGUGAAAAAAUUAAAAUUGAAUAUGAAGCCGUGGUGAUAGUUUCUUGUGAAAAGUGAAUUACUGUAGAUAACUGUCAAAAUGUGUUGUUUAACACAAGUUGUAUGUGUGUAUAAUUACUAAUAGGACGUCAUUGCCUGCUGUUUCAAAUUGUAUAAUACUUAAAAUAGUUAUGUUCCUAUUUUUAAUGGUAACACGUUACAAUAAGGUUGUGUUAGUUAACAUUAGUAGCCUCUAAAUGCAUUACCUAACAUGAACAAACAAUUUUCAACAUAUAUUAAUUCUUGUUAAUGUUAGUUCAUUUCAAUAAAGUUAUUUAAUAUGUUA